GUUGGUGAUAAGGUAAUGGUCCUGGCUAAGUCGGGGCUCUGGCAAGAAGUGGUUAACGUUCCAGCACGCCAGACUUUCCUGAUGCCUGCAGGGAUGAGCUUCGAGGAAGCGGCUGCUCUUCCUGCCAACUACAUCACUGCCUACAUGAUCCUGUUCGACUUCGGAAACCUGAGGCCCAACCAAAGUGUCCUCAUCCACAUGGCUGCAGGUGGUGUGGGAACUGCUGCCAUCCAGCUGUGCAAGACUGUGGAAAACGUCACCAUUUUUGGCACAGCAUCUGCCUCCAAGCACGACGCGCUCCGGAGCAGCGGAGUCGCUCACCCCAUUGACUACAGAACGAUGGAUUACGCAGAGGAGGUCCGGAAAAUCUCUCCCAAAGGUGUUGACAUUGUCCUGGACCCCCUGGGAGGAUCUGAUACAUCCAAAGCAUUUAACCUGUUGAAGCCGAUGGGCAAAGUCAUCACUUACGGGGUAGCAAACCUGCUCACUGGGCAGAAGAAGAGCCUUGUAGCUAUGGCUAAAACCUGGUGGAACCAGUUCAGCAUCAAUGCCUUGCAGCUCCUACAUCAUAACAAGGCUGUGUGUGGCUAUGACCUUGGAUCCAUGGAUGAAGAAUUUGAGCUCAUUGGACGUGUUAUAUCCAAGCUGGAUAGCCUGUACCGUCAAGGAAAAAUCAAGCCCAAAAUAGACUCUGUAUGGCCCUUUGAUCAGGUGGCAGAUGCCAUGAGGCAGAUGCAAGAGAAGAAGAAUGUUGGAAAGGUCAUCCUGGUUCCUGAAGCACCCAAGGAGGAAUCCAAAAAAGAAGAGAACUAAGGAGAUGUGUGCAGAUUGUGAAUUCGUGGGUUAACUCCUUGAUCUCUUUGGGACCUGGAAAUGGACAGAUCAGUAGCUUCCAUCUUCACCAGAACAUCGUGGUUAAGGUUCAGCUGAGGUUUGCAUGCUUUCAUUGUGCCUGACCCCCUGCC